CUUCUUCCUACACUGUUUGGAGGACGCGUUUGUGGAGGAUGGGGGCGGCGUGAGCAAGCGGGACGCCUGCGGCACUGAGACCUGGAGGCAGCUCUGGUGCGCGCGCGCCGAGCCGAGCUGAGCCGAGCCGCAGAGUUGCCCCCGCUCUGCUCCCUCUGCUACUGCUGCUGCUGCUGCUGCACACUGCGGCUCAGCUCAGCCCUCAUCCCCGCUGCUGCUGCUGCUGCUGAACGCCAACACACCAGCAGCCGUCCGCUCUGAAGACUGAUCUCUCACACUUGCAUUGCAACAUUCAAGCGUUGCUUCAACCGGAGAUCUCUUUCUUCCUGCGUUUUAGAGAGCGAGAGGCAGCAACGCGUCUGUAGCCGGCGUCUAUCUAAUCUAAUCCCCCUCCCCUCCCCUUCCUCCCGAACCCGAAGACACGAGAAGCCCCCCGCCAGCAUCGCAUCGCUGUUUCCGCUCCAGCUGUCAAGCCGGGUUUAGAGCUGCAUCCGACCGAAUUGCUCUGUGUUUGUCUCUGUCUCUGUCUCUCUCUGUCUCUGCGCUGCAGCUGCAGCUGGCCGUGGACCAGAGCGGACGAGUCCAGCAUCCUGCCGACACCGUUGCAUCUCCGCCGCCUCUCCGCUGCUCACUACUACAUCACUUGACUCAUCCAUCCCCGGCAUCUCGGUGGAGGCCGAGGUUGGGCUGCGUUCGUACACAACGAAACCUCUUCGGGUCUUCCUUCCACCUCCUGGACAUCGUCGACAUCGUCAAGCUCGCCAACAGUGAUGUAGAAUGUGAAGAGAGACCCUCCAUCCUGGAUCCACGGCUGAAGGACACUCACACAUUGUCUCUGGUGAUCAAGGCAUCUUCCUGCCAUUACUCUGCAUUUCUCCUCUAAGAAACAAUAGCAUAUUAACAUUAUUUGAAAUUUAAAGCCACAAUAGGAUCAUUAAAAGUGAUUUUGUAUAUAAUUUAGGGGAAGGUGGUGUUUUAGCUGAAUCAGAGCUGUCAUACAAAAAGGGAUUAGGGUUAUCAGCAGCUUGACAGUAAUCACAUUUUUUAAAUUAUAUAUAAUUUUUUGUUUUAAUUUUUCUUUUUGCCAUUAAUUAUGUCACAUGAUCGGAGUAUUGAGUUGGAGCAUUUUGAGGAGAGAAGCCGGGGUCACCGGCCAUCUCGGCGUGGAAGUGGUAGCGGAGGAGGAGGAGGUGGUGGUGGUGGAGGCAGUGGAGGUGGCGGUGGAGGAGGGGCAAGUUCCCGAGGAAAUGGUUUACCCAGUCCUGCCCACAGCGCCCACUGCAGCUUUUACCGCACCCGGACUCUGCAAGCACUCAGCCAGGAAAAGAAAGCCAAAAAAGUCCGCUUCUACCGGAAUGGGGACCGCUACUUUAAAGGGCUUGUGUAUGCUGUCUCCCAGGACAGGUUCAGGUCCCUGGAUGCUCUGCUGAUGGAACUGACAAAAUCUCUCUCAGAUAACGUCAACUUGUCCCAAGGAGUCAGAGCCAUUUACACUAUCGAUGGGAAUAAGAAGAUCGCCAAUCUGGAUGAUCUACUGGAAGGUGAAAGCUAUGUCUGUGCAUCCAAUGAACCAUUCCGUAAAGUGGACUAUGCUAAGAAUGUUAAUCCAAACUGGUCUGUCAACAUCAAGUCAGGAUCAUCCCGCUCCCUCUCAUCACUGACAAUAAGGGGUGAAGGAAAAGACACCAAGGAUUUUGUCAGGCCUAAACUGGUGACGGUUAUCCGUAGUGGUGUAAAACCACGCAAAGCAGUAAGGAUACUUCUGAACAAGAAGACGGCACAUUCAUUCGAACAGGUUUUAAAUGACAUUACAGAAGCCAUAAAGUUAGAUUCUGGUGCAGUCAGAAGGCUCUACACACUUGAUGGAAAGCAGAUUAUUUGCCUGCAGGAUUUCUUUGGGGAUGACGAUGUCUUUGUCGCAUGUGGUCCGGAGAAGUACCGAUAUGCCCAGGAUGACUUUUUGCUGGACAGUAGCGAGUGUCGUGUGAUGAAAUCAUCCUACUCCCGUUCUGGUAGCACCUCACGCCAUUCUGGAUCCAAAAGCCCUGGGUUGUCUCGUAGAAGCAGGUCUCCAGCAUCAGUUAAAAGAGGAGGUUACUACACUGCAUAUUCUCCGGUCAAAUCCCCAGUGAAUGGAACCCCAAGCAGCCAACUAUCAACACCCAAAUCCAUUAAAUCAUCCAGCUCUUCACCGACCAGCCCCGGCAGCUUGAGAGCUCACAAGGUUCCCUGUUCAUCAACAAGGCUGCCUUCUACCACUUUGAUAAGUCACCAGAUAGGACUAUCCACGAAUGCAAAUGGAGUACCACAGCAAGCCAAUGGCAUAAGUCCUGAUGGUCUGAAUGGGAAUAGAUCCUUUCCAGUUUCGACAAUUCUCGAUAAGUAUAAAGUUGGGAAGGUGAUUGGAGAUGGGAAUUUUGCAGUCGUUAAAGAAUGUGUGGAGAGAUCCAGUGGCAAAGAGUUUGCAUUGAAGAUAAUUGACAAGGGCAAGUGCAGUGGUAAGGCUGAAGAACGAGGGAUUACAGAGCCAGAGAUCCCUGAAAGCAACAGGAGAGAUGAUGAGGAGCAUUUAAUUGAAAACGAGGUGGCAGUCCUACGGAAGGUUAAGCAUCCUAAUAUCAUCAUGUUAAUUGAAGAGAUGGAUACACCAACAGAACUCUACUUGGUCAUGGAACUCGUCAAGGGUGGAGAUCUUUUUGAUGCCAUAACGUCAUCGACCAAGUACACUGAACGAGAUGCCAGUGCAAUGAUGUACAACCUGGCUUCUGCUCUCAAAUAUCUCCACAGUCUUAACAUUGUGCACAGAGACAUCAAGCCAGAGAACUUGUUGGUGUGUGAAUAUGUAGAUGGAACCAAGUCCUUGAAACUGGGUGAUUUUGGCCUGGCGACUGUGGUAGAUGGGCCCCUGUAUACAGUUUGUGGAACACCAACGUAUGUUGCUCCAGAAAUCAUUGCAGAGAGUGGAUAUGGCUUGAAGGUUGACAUUUGGGCAGCAGGCGUCAUUACGUACAUCCUCCUGUGUGGCUUCCCCCCAUUCCGCAGUGAAAACAACGUGCAGGAGGACCUGUUUGACCAGAUUCUUGUUGGCCGCCUAAAAUUUCCAUCUCCUUACUGGGACAAUAUCACGGGCUCUGCUAAAGAAUUGAUUAGCCGAAUGCUGCAGGUGAAUAUUGAGUCACGCUACACAGCUGAGAAAGUUCUGACUCAUCCGUGGGUGGCUGAUGAUAUGGCACACGAGCAAGACAUGCAGAUGGCAGUAACUGGCAAAUUAAGAAAGCACUUUAAUCCAUCAGCAAAGCAGAAUAACACUACAGCAGGCGUCAGCGUAAUUAUGUUUGAAGUAUAAGAGGGAGAGGGUGAGUUCCAAUCCUCACACUGAGACACUGGAUAAACCUGGAACAGCAUCAUGGUAUAGAACGCAGUGCCCUAACAGGGGGACCAUUCACUAAGUCUCAGCCGGUCCACAUUUGCAUGGCCUGUCGCCUUGUGCCUCACAGCUCUUUUCUAAACUUUUCUCAGCUCACAAGGCAGAACCUUUCAUGGUGUGGAUUCAGGCUGAUGGUAUCGUACUUGGGAGAGCACAUACUUUUCUUUUCUGUUGCUCAUGCUGGAUUAAGUUCACCUCAGACUCACUCGAGGCUCAAAAAAUUCUGGACUGCAGAAUAUUUGUCAGAAACUCCAGAAAAAAACCUACCACUUUAUAAACCUUUCACAUGAAGUCGUGAUUUGAAAGGCCAAACUAUAUUAACAACUGCACGUGGACAAGAAUUGGUUUUAACAUAAACACUGGCAUUAAUAAUCGAAGAAACCAAGAACUUCCAAAAAAGGAAGACAACCUGAAACUAUUUUAAGUAGGCAGAGUGGUCUUUGAGUGCCAUCUGGUGUUAGCAAGGCUGAAUUGGAAGAGUUGCUACGUCAAAAGCUUUGCUCGAAGUUCUUUGCUUUCCACUAAACUGAAUCGCUUUUUUCAGAAAUGGUUAAUUUAGCCUGAUUAUUACAGUGCUUUGCAUUAUGUAAUAUGUCCAUGUGAAUGCUUGGUUCUCCAGGAUAAGCUAAUGUGGACCGUAUGUUUUAUUUAAAUUUGCAGAGAUCACUGUAUUAGCUGGUAAAACAAUUGUAUUCCAUCAACCUUUUAAUUAAAGCACUGUUCUAGGGAGCCAAGUAUUUUGCAUGUUACAAUAAGGUAUGAGCUGCAAGGAUCGUUCCGUUAUACAGCCCUGCAACGUUUGGAGAAGGGCUUCAUCAUCUCAUUUCACUUUAAAUGUUUUAAACUAUGUACAAUAGCCUGCGAAUGUAAAUAAACCUUGAAAACACCUAUGCAAUUGGCACAUUAGAAUUAAAAAAGUAUAGGAGUUGUCAGCACUUGGACAAACUCCCAGCAUAAUUUACGAUCUACAACGGAACAGCAUUAAGUUUUAUAUUUUGAGUAAAGUACACAAAUUGGAAUCUCCAACCAGCAGGUGGUAAAACUUUAAAACAUUCAUAGUGGGAUCGGCAAACUGAUUUAAAAAUGCUUUUGCAGCCACAUCUGUAGUGUGUUUUCCUUUAGCUAUAUAAAUAUGGAUGUGUACAAAACGUGACUAGUUGCUAUCCUUGUGCUUCAUCCGCCGUAUCUCUGACCCGCACCUGUAUUGCUCCUCUCUGACAGGUCCCACGCAAUGGCAUGUACUAACCGCAUCAGCACUGCUCACAUUUCUGCUGCACUCACACUGCUUCUUCCUCUUAAAAAACAAUUUCAAAAUUGGGGCGGAGGAGAGAAAAAUAGUUUUGAAUUACUCCUACUUGAUUCGUAAUCCAGCCAACCAUUUAAACGCGUAGCUGGUAAAUGUUUUGACAAAGUGGAUGAACUCUGUUCCAUAUUUCCGCUUUUAGAGAUAUUCUACCGAACAACAUUGUGCAAGGAGGCGUGCAUUAUUUAGGAAUCCAACCAAACUGAGUGCCAGCACUGAGAGAUAGGGAGUGUUGUGUGGUGAACCAUAUUAAAAUGCUCAUCAGCCUGAAUUUAACCCUUUAGCUCUCCAGGGUUCAAUUUAGUUUCCGGGACAUAAAUUAUUGUUUCUACCAGCUCUAAAUAAUAGAUAAGAUCUUUAAAUGUGCACAUUCAAGGAAUAUUCCACAAUCCUUUAUAAGACGUACUCCAAAAUUAUGUUCUAUCUGAUACUGUGAAGAAAGUGAUGCAUUGUUUUAAAAUUCAUUACCCUCGAACUAAAAUAGGAAAGCUUGUUCAAGAUGAAAAAUAUACCUUGUGGCACAAUAUUACCACAACUGAAAUGAAAAACUGUAAUCUAACAUGCAGUUGUAAUGAAUGUCAAAUUGUUAUAGUAAGGCUACAAAGAUAGAAUGAUUUCUAGCUGUACUUUCAAUAUAUGAUCAUGCACUAGUAAUUUGUCUUUUGAUACCCUAGGCAACAAUAAUUCCACAUACAGCAAUUCACAGAAUGACUUUGUGAAAAAAUAAUAACUUUAUUUUGGCUGGUCGAAAGUCAUAGGAUUUUAGAUUAGAUUUUGAGGCUUGAGGAAGACAUUGGCAUUUGCAGAGCACUGGAAUUAGCCUUACUGAAUCCAUCCAGUUAUGCAUUACAAGCAAUCUGAUCAGGCCAUGUGAACAGAUGUGAAAUAAUGGUUCUCUUUGGCAGAGUUUUAGAUUGAAUCAGUUGGUAUUAUUCAUAAUCGGAAAAAUGUUUAAAAUGUUUUCCAGGAAUGCCAAGAAAUUGGAUUUCACAAAUUGGAAAUUGGUGUGCCAUGUGCACUGCAUCAAGUAUUAAUACACUGCUAAAGCAAAAUCAUUAAAUUAGCCAAAAACACAUUAAUAAAAAUUGCGGUGAUGCAGAAUCCUCUGCCAUUUCCCAUAUGAGCUAACCCCCACAUCUUUUCCUGCUGAUCACCAGAAAAGGCAUCAGUCAAACCCUACAGGAACUUUCUCCAUGGAAGCUGCAGCAUAGCUACAUUAGAGGCUGCAAUAACCUUCAAGCUAACAUGAACAUGAAGUGGGGGAGGUGGAAACAGCACUUGCCUGUGUGUGUUAGUACCGACAAUCCCAGCCACCACUGCCACCCCCCCCCUCCCCCCCAUGAUUGCGUCCUGUACUUUGUGUUGCUCCAUACAACUGCAAGAUUUGGGCUAAUCAGUGAGACAGAGAUCACAGUAUGUGUCCCUGAUGUACAUAGUAUAUUUUAAAAAACUGAGAUCACUGAUAGAGCUUCAAAUAUCCUAAGCAUUGAAAAUUGAGACUGUCAGAUGCUGUAUGCUUAUCAUCAGCGUCACAAUGGAGUCUAAUGUCUCAUUUGCAAAGACAACACAAUGUGUUCCUAAUUUGAGUAUGGGAAUUCAGUAAAAAUGAUGCAUCGCAUCCAUAAACACCAGUUUUGCCGUAAAAAAACAAUAGAUGCACAAUUAGCUCCAGAAAAAAAUGUCAGAUACGUCCCGGAGAAUUAUGCAAGAACAUAUUAAGUCCACUUUUCCGAAGUGCAUUAAUUUCAAUUGGAAAUGAUCGCUCCAUUGACCUCACCGGGAUUAAAUUGGUUCUUCACACAAUCUGAGCAUGAAACGCAGGUGACAAUGAGCAAAAAAAUCAGCUGUAUGAAAUCUCACAGCAUUUGCCUUGUUUACAUCAUUGUUGAACAGAUUGUAUCGCAUCCGUCAUAGAGUCAUACAGCGUGGAAACAGACCCUUCAGCCCAACUUGCCCCCCCCCCAACCAACAU